AUGGCUCCCGUGCUGGCGUGUCGGGGCAUCCACCUCUCCUUGGAGAUCAGAUGCGUGCUCGCGCAGUCGUGGUGAGGGAUCGGAUAGCUGUUCAUAGAUUUGAUGAGGUUUAGGGCUUCUGUUCUGCGAUCAAUCUCGCCUUGGAUUCAUGGCUUUUCAUCCUUGUUUAGGCCGGGUAGAGCGUUCCGUAGAUAUGUAUAUAUGGCUUUGUGUCUAUGUUUUUGGGCAAUGAGUUGUGACGCCCGAAAUUUGCGGUCUAUCUAUUUUUUAGGGCGGGAAGAACGUACGGUUCGAAAAUCCCUGGGAAAUACAUGGCGAGGUGGACUUCACACAUCAAACGCAGCCAACGCAUCGCAUUUUCAGAGAAUAAUGAGGCGAAAGAAUCCAGGUUACUGAGAGAAAUGCCAGAUGUAAGGAGAGAAAGAGGUUCAUUGAGAACAGGUAGCCGGUUUCCAGCUCAAAGUUCUGAAGACGGAUCUUCGUAUGAAAUCUCGUACUUUGAACCCGAACCCGGUAAGCUUUCCCUGGAAGAAUAUUUCUCUUUUAAACUUUUCGUGCUAAUGCUGUUCAUUACAUGCUAAUGCAUUAGCUAGUAACAGAGUGCUCAAAUCUACACCAUUUUUUAUUACCUUACAUUAAUAAAUUCAUGAUCGUGACAUGAGCCCGAGUUAUCGUCAUUUGUCUGUAUACCGUCGUUAUAGGAUUUUUGAAGGGCAGGAAAACGCCAUUUAUUUGACUAUGAUAGUUGAAGAUGCUCACGGAUUGGGCCACUCACUUUUCUUUUGAGCCAUGAUAACAGUUGCCAAGGAGUGAAAGAAACACGGUGGGGAGGAAAAAACUAGGCAUUUUUUAAAAUCAAAGUCGCCUUGUUUGGCCCUUUUCAUCUGUUUUUAUUCUUUGUUCGUUAGUUCAGUGAAUUCACCCCUGGUUACUGAUUAAGUUGAGUUUGAAUGAUUUACAGGACCCGAAUGGUAUGGCAUGGAAUCUGACUUUAUUGAAGAUACUGAGUGGUCUCAUGAUAUACAUAAAAAUUCUCCUGGGAAUGUACUAUUCGGUGGUGACACUACGGAAUUCAAUAAAGUGAAGGAAGAUGCUGGGAAAAUGGCAAUUGAAUCACUGGCGACAAGGUUAGAAUUUCAUCGAGUUGCAUAGACAUUUUGAAUAUUUUUUUCACUUGAAAGAGAGGAUACUUUGUGCAAACUGUGGUUAUUACCUAUGACUAGGUUAGGACGAUUCAAGGAACAGACACUAAUUGUUACUUAUAAUGUUUUUGCCUUUUCUAGUGCUGCCUUUACUGAUUUUCUGGGACUUUUAUGUGUUAUUAUACGAUUCAGCUCUUUUCUAUUCCUUAGUUAGCACAUUUUUUUGGCCGUUAGAUUUAAAGUUCUGUAACUGAAAAAAAUUGGGGUGGCCUUCGAUGAAAGGAAACAAGGUCUCCGCUUAAAUAAAAUGAACGUCACGUUUGGUUCUGCAGUUGUAUCCGCAGCGUUGUUGGAUCGUUAUCUGUUGUCAUCAUCUAUUACACUGGUUUUCACCCAGGGCAUGCACGACAGCUGAGCUAAUGAAGAAACUGCGUGGCAAGAACUAUCCUCUUGAUGUGAUUGAGUCGGUGAUUGCUGAAUUGAAGAGUAGGUAUGUGUUUUCAUAUCUUUUUAUAAUGUAACUACACAUGCUGUUCCCAUUCCCGUUGGUGCCGUGAGGUGCUGUAUCAGGUACAAGUGCAGACUGCAUACCGUCCUAUAUAAUACUUGUUAUUAACUAUUGUAUGAUAUUAAAAUAAGGAAAUAAUUGAGUACUCAUAAACAAUCAUUCUGUGACUGAAAUUGUUGAAUGUUUUGCCCUUUACUGAAGAAUGAGAUUUUUCAAGGUUUUAUCUGUCUUCAUCAGUGUGGCAUCAGUAUCUUGAAAAAUAAUAUGCAUUGUGUAAACCUUGAACCAACUUGCUUGAACACUACAUGGAAAUAUGUAUCGAUAUUUUACAAAAGUUCGAAAUAUAAAUGUUUUACGUGAAGAGUAUAAUGUCACACUCUCCGACAGAGGAUUUCUCAAUGACGGGUUGUAUGCUGAAUCAUUUUCUCAAUCUCGAUGGAUUUCGUUAAGCUGGGGCCCUAGGAGGAUCAGGAAGGUGAGAAUCAGACCUCCUGAAUUCUAGUUGUAUUUUAUACAGCUCAGAAUGGAGGCAACACGUAUUUUCCUACAAUUCCUCCUUUUUUUUGCUGCUCCCACUUUUCUGGAAGCCGCUCCCAACCAUCACAACGUUUUGACCUAACGAGGAGCAUGCUCUUGCUUCAGGCGCUUCUUCAGAAGGGUGUUAAUGAAGCGGAUAUAGAGAGAGCUAUAAAUGCGGUAUUCAAAGAUGACAGCACAAACAGUGGUUUGCAAGUUGGCAUGUCCAAGAUUUCUAUGGAUCGUCUCUUUGCUCAAGCCUCAAAACAGUGGCUACAAGGCCAAACUGCAUCAUUGGCAAAUCGUAGGGCCAGGAUGGCGAGAUGGCUCCAGUACCGAGGAUUUGACUGGGGGGUCACCAACUUUAUUUUGAAGAAGCUUGAAUCCAAGUACCCCCCAUGAGAGAACCGAGCCAUUUUGGCACUUUUCCAUAAAUAUCUUGUCCAUUUGAUCUAUGGUCCUGGAUUAUUUGAAAGUGGAGUGGAAGAUGUUGGCAGCCUCGCUGCAUCGUUUUAUUGCUUGUAAAAAUGAAGAUGAUGAAGAAGAGAGGAGUAGAGAAGGGAGAAGCAUGAGAAGAUGA